AUGUGCAUAGCUUUCAACCGUGUCUCCGACACGUGGGGGGCAGAAAGUCACUCCUUCUAUCUCUUGACUAAGAGGCUUCGGCCACUCGGUAUUAUGGCAUGCUCUCUGUCCCUUCCGGAUGCAGCAAGUUUUCCUGCAUUGGCAGCAACCUCGAUGAAUCCUACCAAUGCGGAACCAGAGAGGUCCUUGACCUUUUCACGGAAAAACCGCCGUCAAGAAAAGCCGACAGUGAACACGGUUCUGGAGGUUUCUAGAGCGUCGCCAACGACACGAGCUGUAGCGGCCUCCGCUUUGUCAUUGACAAAAAGUCCCUUGGCACGACCUGCGCUACGGCCCUACGAGAUUCUUGUCACCAGGCGUCUUCCCCUGGUUGUCUACUUUAAGCGGUGCAUGCGGCUGUUGCACGCUGGCCUCGAACCAUCGCAACAAAAGCGCACAAGCACCUUCCUUAAUGGAACAAAGGAUGCGCAGUUUCAGAAACAACUCGUUCCGCAGUUCCCUUUCAUCAUUAUCCGAGGUGCCGGAGGAUGCAUGCGAACAGCCAUCUGGCUCGCUCAGGACGUUGUAAAAGCUCUAGGGGGCUUGGUGCGUUCUGCUGAAGAGCGAACUUCAUGCCGCGACGGCGCCUCCACAGCCAGCAGUUACUCACCUUCUCUCGAAGUCGAAACGCAUACGGUGGAAUGCACAGAUACAGCGUGGACGUUUGCUGAAGACGAUGACUGUUCUGUCGUUGGCGCAUUCGAUCUUGCCGUCAGGCGGCGUUCCAUCAGCGCGAUCUCCAUCAAAGUAUACAGGCCUCUACUGCAGGAACUGUCCUGA